ACUUGUAUAUACUUGUACAUACUCGCAGUAUCCCAUAUCUAUCUGACUCGGCGUUUUCUAAGCGUGCGUCCUGACACACACCACAUGCUGACCCGGCUUUUUGUCUGCAUGGAUCCAUAAACACGGACGUACAAGGCGUCUCCAUCCUUGCUUCCCUUAGGCGGGCGCCACUCCUUUGGCACCGUCUGCUCCCAGACGUCGUUGCGUGCAGAUGUCUCGGCAAAGGCCACCUCUGCAACCAUGUCUUGAAUUAGUGUGCCAUGCGGAGUGGCCUCAUCUAGCCCGUGGGGCUGGGGAAAAUCGUCAGCCUCCUUGCGCGAGUCCCUGAAACACCGCCUGAGUGCCGAACACAGCAGCCUCGAUUAGAUCCUCCCCGCCCAUGUGUGUUGGCAUGUCUCACUCACUCACUCACUCACCUGUAAGCGGCGUUCCUACAGCCAUAAUGAUCGGAUUUCUGCCGGUGUUUGGGGUCGUCUGCAUUGAUGAAGUCCCACAUGUCGCCGUGGACCAU